CACUCAACUAUGGACUCUGAUUCUCCUAGUCGAAAAUGGAAAAUCGACCACAUGGGAAGAGUAGACCGGACAAGUUUCCUGGCAAUAUUAUUCACUUUUAUGACCGUCCCUUCAGUUGCAUGCUCUCUUCGAAUCAUCUUCCGCACCGGAACCAAGAGAUUGUUUAAAUGGGAUGAUGGCUUUGUAGUCAUUGCUACAGUCUUCCUCAUCACUGCAACUGCCUGCUACUAUCGCUUAACCGAUGCAUUCUACUUAAUUGAAGCAAAGACGACAACCCCGGAUUUCGACCUCUCCCUUGCAGAGACUCAGAAGAUUUCUGGAAACGGGCCUACCAUCUUGCUCAACUUUGCUCGCUGUCUGCUCACGGCGGCGAGUUUUUCGAUCAAGGCAUCGUUUCUUGCCGUCUUCCGUCCGCUGGUUCGACAUGUUUCCUUGCCGCUGGAAUAUUACUUUAUCUUUUCGGUGAUCUAUAUUCCAAUAUGUUUCACCUUUAGAGUUUCGCUGGCUUUCAUAAUCUGCCGAGGGAAUCUUGCAGAUCAAUAUCAAUGUCUUCGAACACAGCAGUACCUUUAUCUAGGGCUACUGUGUUUCUUCGAUAUCAGCACGGAUAUCGUGGUCGUCAGCAUACCCAUCUUCAUACUUCGCCUAGCGAACUUGGACAUGUACCAAGGGCUCCGUAUAGGUUUCUUUCUAUGUCUAUCCAGCGCAAUGAUUAUCAUCGCCGCCGUGCGAACUUCAUCGAGCUUAGUCCACGUUGUCAACGGCAAGCAAGAAGCCAGCAUCAUCUACACCACUCUCCUAAUCCAGAUAGAAAGCGGCGUUGCUGUUCUAAUGGGCUCGAUCUCUGCUCUUCGAACUGUGUUUACAGGGGCGCAGCGAGAUGAUAACGGACGGGCUCAAUCGAUAUAUCGGAAAGUACUUGUGAAACUUUCUCUCUCGAAGGGUUCCGAGGUUUCAACACAUGAUGCGGAACACGCCGUCCGUAUGAGCACUCACAAAAAUAGCUUGGUGACCAUGACGUCGUCGAGGUCGUGGAAAGACUUGUUUGGCCGAUCCGAUCGAGAAUCCGGUCAAGGCACGGACAACUCUACAUCGAAUGCACAGCUGGAUACACUUACAGAGUACCACGCAUUUGUUUACGCAACUCCUCAGAACAAAACACAGUCCCCCUCGGAGUGA